GUGGAAAUCCUUGACUGGAAGACAAAGGAACAGCUAUGCUUCCUAGAUAAGGUGGAACCAAAUGCCACAAUUAGGGAUAUCAGAUUGAUGUUCCAUAAAUUAUAUCCUCGGUGGUAUCCAGCAAGGCAGUCGAUAAAACUUGAUCCAAAAGGAAAGUCCCUGAGGGAUGAGGAAAUCCUGCAGCACCUCCCUGUUGGCACAACUGCUACCUUAUACUUUAAAGAUUUAGGGCCACAGAUAGGAUGGACUACGGUAUUUUUGAUAGAGUAUACAGGUCCAUUGUUCAUCUAUUUUCUGUUUUAUUUCCGCAUGCCUUUUGUCUAUGGGCUGGAUGAGAGGUUUACAUCAAGUCCGCAUCCAGUAGUUAACUUGGCAUGUAUCUGCCAUUCUUUCCACUACAUCAAAAGGUUGAUUGAAACAGUAUUUGUUCAUCGGUUCUCCCAUGGGACUAUGCCACUGAGGAAUAUUGUGAAGAACUGCUUGUAUUACUGGGGAUUUGCAGCUUGGCUUGCUUAUUACAUCAAUCAUCCUCUUUACACUCCUCCGUCCUAUGGGAAAAAACAGAUCAAUUUUGCUGUGAUCAUGUUUCUGCUGUGUGAAGCUGGGAACUUUUCCAUUCACGUUGCACUCAGUGACCUCCAGAGAAAUGGAUCCAAAACCCGUAAGAUCCCAUAUCCAACAAAGAAUCCUUUCACAUGGCUGUUUUUCUUUGUAUCUUGCCCUAACUAUACAUAUGAGGUGGGGACCUGGAUCAGUUUCACUAUCAUGACUCAGUGUGUUCCAGUGGGGCUGUUCACCUUGCUUUGCUUCAUUCAGAUGACAGUCUGGGCAAAGGAUAAACACUGCACCUACCUACGAGAAUUCAAGGAUUAUCCAAGUCUUCGAAUGCCAAUUAUUCCCUUUUUGUUGUAAGAAAAAAGGCCUCAUUUGAAUAUUGCACAGAACUUCAAGAAGAAAAAGCUCAUAAACCUCCUGCCAAAUAAGUGAAUAAAUGUAAAG